ACCACCACCUUAUGCAGAGGUGCCCCCUCUAAUCUAACUCCCCAACACUAAAACCUCUCUCUCUCUCUCUCUCAAGCUGAAGCAUAAUUGGUAAAAUCCAAACUCAUAUAGGAUCAGAUUUUUGUGAGCAGUCAGGGAAAUGGAGGGAAGAAGAAGUGAGCACAAGGAUGGUGAACUGAAUAAUAUGAGUGAAGAAACCACUCUUGAUUGGAGAGGCAGGCCUUCCAAUCCUCACAAGCACGGCGGCAUGAGAGCCGCAGCCUUCGUUCUCGGACUACAAACGUUUGAGAUAAUGGCAAUAGCGGCGGUCGGGAACAACCUGAUAACGUACGUGAUCAACGAGAUGCACUUCUCACUGUCCAAAUCGGCCAACAUUGUCACCAACUUCGUCGGCACCAUCUUCCUCCUCGCCCUUCUCGGCGGCUACCUCUCCGACUCCUACCUUGGCAGCUUUUGGACCAUGCUCAUCUUCGGCUUCGUCGAGCUCUCCGGUUUCAUAUUGUUGUCGGUCCAAGCACAUCUAUCACAACUCAAGCCACCAAAAUGCGACAUGAUCCAUAACCCUUCUGAGUGCGUCGAAGCGAAGGGCUUCAAAGCGUUCAUCUUCUUUGUAGCCCUAUAUUUAGUCGCGCUAGGAAGCGGGUGCGUGAAGCCCAACAUGAUCGCCCAUGGCGCAGACCAGUUCAGGAGGGACGACCCCAGCCAGUCCAAGAAGCUGUCCACGUACUUCAAUGCGGCUUACUUCGCGUUCUCAGUCGGUGAGCUGGUGGCCUUGACCGUGCUCGUGUGGGUUCAGACUCACUCGGGCAUGGACGUUGGGUUCGGCGUGUCCGCGGCUGUCAUGGCCAUGGGGUUGAUCAGCUUGGUCUCCGGCACUCUUUAUUACAGAAACAAGAGGCCCCUAGGAAGCAUCCUCACUCCUCUUGCCCAAGUAAUAGUGGCAGCUAUAGUGAAGAGGGAUCAGGUGCUGCCAUCAAAUCCGCAGCUGCUUCACGGAGGCCAAAGCAAUAUGAAUGACAGCAACAACGACGGCUCAUCCUUGUCGCCUCAUAGUGGUGACCUUUUUCACACCGAAAGGUUCCGGUUCUUGGACAAAGCAUGCAUCAAGACCCAAGACGAGGCGAAGAGCAGAGAGAGCCCAUGGAGGCUGUGCACGGUGAGCCAAGUGGAGCAAGUGAAGACCCUCCUCUCAAUCAUCCCUAUCUUUGCAUGCACCAUCAUCUUCAACACCAUCCUGGCUCAGCUCCAGACCUUCUCCGUCCAGCAAGGCUCCUCCAUGAACACCCACCUCGGCCGCUCCUUCCACAUCCCGCCCGCCUCCCUCCAGUCCAUCCCUUACCUCAUGCUCAUCUUCGUCGUCCCGCUCUACGACGCUCUCUUCGUCCCCUUUGCCCGAAGGAUCACGGGCCGCGACUCCGGGAUCUCGCCCCUCCAACGCAUCGGCUUCGGCCUCUUCCUGGCCACCUUCUCCAUGGUUGCCGCCGCCCUCAUGGAGCGCCGGCGGAGGGAGGAGGCGGUUGGCAAUGGCGAGAUCAUUUCCAUCUUCUGGAUCACACCGCAGUUCUUGAUCUUCGGGCUUUCUGAGAUGUUCACCGCCGUCGGGCUCAUCGAGUUCUUCUACAAGCAGUCGUCAAACGGAAUGCAAGCGUUCUUGACAGCGAUCACGUACUGCUCGUAUUCAUUUGGGUUCUAUUUCAGCUCCUUGUUGGUGUCCCUGGUGAACAAGGUUACGGCGUCGAAUGGUGAUGGCGGUUGGAUCGGCAAGAACGACCUGAACAAGGACCGGCUCGACCUCUUUUAUUGGUUAUUAGCGGUCCUGAGCUUCCUCAACUUCCUCAACUAUCUCUUCUGGUCUCGGUGGGUCUCUCGCGGCCCGCCUUCCUCGUUGGUGCCGUUGCAGCCUAACGUUAACACUGUCCCUUCAAAGAAUUUGGGAAACGCCGAUAUUAAUCGCGACAUACCUUAGAAUGAACGAUACCAUAGUGCUUAAUUAAUUUGAAUCAUUAAUUAUUGCUCAUAUAUAGAUAUAUACUUGCCCUAGAAGAAUCAAAAGAGUCAUGGAAGCUUUUGGCGGCCCCAUGUAUGAGUGCUUCCUUAAGGCUCUUAAAGAGAGAGUAGUAGUAGUUCAUAUUAUAAUAAUGAUAUAUGGAUGUAAUUUGCUUGUGUGUU